GCAUGAUCUUGUACAAUUGUAGUUUUGUACAAGAAAUGAGUAGCGAAGUACGUCACUCUUUUAGGUAUAUUCUGAUAUGCAAGUAAGCCAGGUAGCUGUGAUUGUUACAACUGGAAUAUAUACAUGUCCUCAAGAACAUGAUGCCAGAGCAACAUGAAAUAAGAAUUACAGAGAAUACGAUACUUCUAUCAACUAUUUUGUGUAUUUAGGGAGCAGCAUUUGUCGCCCGAGCCAGAAUAAGUAGCAUAUCAGAGGCUAAUGGCUGUAGAAGGUAGUAGGCUGAUGACAAUUUAUAGGAGGUUCAAGCCACACCUCCUUAUGGUGCUGGCUCAGUUGGGAUAUACAUUCUUAUAUCUGAUCACUGAAGCUUCCUUUGCUCAUGGAAUGAAUCCUCAUGUUUACAUUACUUAUCGACAUAUCGUUGCUGGUUUUGUUGUUCUGCCUUUUGCCUACUUCAUUGAAAGAAAAACUAGGCCCAAGCUGACAAUGCUUCUAUUUCUGGAAAUUUUUGUGCUUUCUCUUCUAGGGGUGAGCUUAACCCUGAACAUGUAUUUCGCGAGCUUGAACUACACCUCUCCCACAUUCCUGGCAUCAGUGGUUAACACAAUAGCUUCCCUGACUUUUGUUCUAGCAGUUGUACUAAGGUUAGAGGAAGUUAAUAUAUGGAAACUUCGAGGGCUAGCCAAAGUUCUGGGAACCUUGAUUUCUUUAGCAGGUGUAAUGACCAUGACAUUGUACAAGGGAUCCAUUUUAAGAAAUAUAGGGCAUCCUCUAAUCCAUAUUAAUCGAAGCUCAGCAGCACAGGAGGAAUGGUUGAAAGGUUCAAUUUUAACCAUAAGUAGCUGUAUCACCUGGUCUAUAUGGUACAUUAUGCAGGCAUACACACUAAAAAGAUAUCCAGCACAAUUGUCACUGACAACAUGGAUGAAUUUUGUUGGAGCAGCACAAUCAGCUGCCUUCACUGUAAUUGUAGCCCACAAACCAGCUGAAUGGGCUGUUGGUUUCAACAUCGACCUAUGGUCAAUCUUAUAUGCGGGAAUAGUGGUAUCUGGUCUAAUAAUUUACAUUCAACUAUGGUGCACCGAAGAAAAAGGGCCGGUCUUUGUAACAAUGUUUAAUCCCCUCUCCACAAUAUUAGUUGCAGUACUGACAUAUUUUGCACUAGGCGAAAAUCUAUACAUGGGGAGCAUUAUAGGGGCAGUGAUCGUGAUUCUUGGUUUAUACUUGCUACUAUGGGGAAAAGAGGCCGAUCAGAAAUUGCAGGUUAUCCGAAAGUGCAGACCAGAUAUUAUAUACGAAAGUGAUGGAGAUUCCCCGGGAGGUGGAAAGGGUACUUUAAACAUGAAAGAAGAACCUUGAAUUAAAGAAUGUUCCACUAGCUUGCUGGGAAUAUGAAUUCAAUUAUUAGAUCAAUUCUUGUUGUUACUAUUUGCUCCAGUCGUAUCGAUAGGUAGAGACUAAAGAUAUGUUAUCUGCCUCGAAAUUUUUCAGCAAGGCAACAAAAUGAAAAUCUGUAUUCCAACUAAAUUUUGCAAUGCAUUCAAAGAAAUUCCUGAAGCUAUGGCAAGGAACGGUUCUGCCA